CGGCUACGUAUGACAUAAGUCAGAAACAAAUUACCUGAGAGCUAUCCGGUGGGAUUCUUGACGUCAAAAAGCAGAGUAGGCGUUGUAUCCGGCUGCUGAUUGGCCAGCUCUGCGGUUCUGACCGGCCGCCCAUUCACGGGCCGCUUUUCCUCUUCCACACUCAAUUCUCCCACUACCUAACUCCGUGCUUCCAACAACUCAGACUGGGUCCUCCUCUGCGACGCGCCAUAUCGGCAAUGGCGGAUCCGCCAAGAAACAUCGCGAAAGAGGAGCUGCUAACAUACGCCUACAUUCUCAUCUACAUUGCUCUCUCCAGCGCCCAGAUCUUCUUCAACAAGUGGGUUUUAUCAUCGAAAGAAAUAAACUUCCCUUAUCCUCUUGCCCUGACUCUGCUCCAUAUGGUCUUUUCAUCAGUGGCAUGCUUUCUGCUCACAAAGGUUUUCAAGAUUAUGAAAGUUGAGGCAGGAAUGACACUGGACAUAUAUAUAUGGUCAGUUAUUCCAAUUGGUGCAAUGUUUGCUAUGACACUUUGGCUUGGGAACACGGCCUACCUGUAUAUUUCUGUUUCAUUUGCUCAGAUGUUGAAGGCUAUCAUGCCAGUAGCAGUUUUCAUUCUUGGAGUAGCAGCUGGACUUGAAGUGAUGAGCUGCCGGAUGCUUCUCAUAAUGUCAGUCAUCAGUUUUGGUGUACUAGUGGCUUCGUAUGGUGAAAUUAAUAUCAGCUGGAUUGGAGUAGUCUAUCAAAUGGGCGGUGUUGUUGGAGAAGCCUUGAGGCUUAUAUUCAUGGAGAUUCUGGUAAAGCGGAAGAGCCUCAAGCUAAACCCCAUAUCUGUUAUGUACUAUGUUAGCCCAUGCAGUGCUAUUUGCCUUUUAGUUCCAUGGAUAUUCUUGGAGAAACCAAAGAUGGAGGCACAAGAGACAUGGAGUUUUCAACCUUUUAUUCUAACCCUGAAUUCUCUAUGUACCUUUGCUCUCAAUCUCUCAGUUUUCCUUGUGAUCUCACAUACAAGCGCCCUCACCAUUCGCGUGGCUGGAGUUGUCAAAGAUUGGGUGGUUGUGCUACUAUCAGCUCUACUUUUUGCAGAUACAAAACUCACACUCAUUAAUAUAUUUGGUUAUGCUAUUGCUAUCGCUGGGGUCGCUGCAUACAAUAAUCACAAGUUGAAAAAGGAGGCUUCACGACCCAGCACCGAGGAGACUGAUCCUUCUCAAUCAAUACCAUUAGUUUCAAAUUCUGAUCAAUAGUCAGAGGGAGCAGUCCCUUGCUUGUUCUGCAAAAGAUCGUGCUUUGCAGGCUAACACGAAAUCUAAUGCAGUCAGAUACUCAAAUUGAGUUUUAUGUUGUUGGCUGCUUCUGAAUUGUGCAGUGUACAUGACUGUAGAGAACACAUGUAACCGAGAGUUCAUAGUAAUACAAGGUAUUGCUUAGACCAUCCAAAUUAUAGUUUUGAUCAUUUUAUCUACCAUCCAGAUGGGAAUGAUCAAAUUCAUUGAAUAUUUUUGUAGCAAACAGCAAGGCAUUCACUUACUGACUUGGCAUUGUUGUAUGUAACAGUUUGAACUUUGAAGUAUUGUGCUUUCUAGACACAAAAUUUGUGUUUAUGGUAUAAAAAAAAGACAACUUACAGUUUGUUUUGGGUU